CGGCGGAGUCGGAGCAACGGGACCUGCGCUUUCAAUAGCCUGGAUUAAGACACGUCAGAUUUAUUGAGCCUGGUCUUUAUUCUCACAAGGGACACACCAAAACGGAUUGUAAUUUUACUCCAUAAAAAUGACUAAUUAUGUUGCUGAUGCUGAAUGGAUCACCUGACUCUUCAUUUUUGUUUGAAUGGGAAUCUGGCAAAAUAACGUAUCUGCGCUACCAAAGGAUUCCACUUUGAAGAUUUUGAACUUUAAAAAAAUCGAGUUUGCCUUACAGCCAUAAAAUCUAAUAUACACCCUGAAUAAUUAAAUUUUGCCUUAUAAACGUGUAUCGUUAUAACAAUGGUCUUUCCUUCGUGCUACCGAGGACUGAAAUAUGCCCACUCAAUGUGUAGAUAUUGAGAAUUAUCAGUGCCUUACUUCUGUUGAUUGUUAUUAGUUGAUUGUUAUUUUUAAAUAAGGAGGUCGAGAGUCGUUAUAGUCGCUUAGCGCGAGGCAUGGUACUGGAUCCCACUCGUCUAGGAGCAGAGCCCCAGCUCCAACCGGAUGAUCGUUUUUUCUUCUGGGACAACUCGAGACGCAAACGGAGAUGAUGGCUGCACUUUAUCGUUUACUUAUCUGCUACGUGUGCCUGCUUCACACUAUUGCCGAGGAGGUUCAAAUCCCUCAAGAACUCAUCGACAGACUCUCCAACAGUGAAAUCCGCAGCAUUAGUGACCUCCAGCGGCUGUUGGACAUGGACUCCAUAGAGAAUGAGGUGGUUCAGGAGACGAAGAAGAGAUACCACAAGGACUCGCACCAUGGUUACCAUGGCAGUGACCUGAAGAGCUACCAGACGCUGUCUAGACGCAAGCGAAGUGUUGAGGAGGCAGUGCCAGCAUCGUGCCGGACGCGGACAGUCAUCUAUGAGAUCCCGCGUAGCCAGGUGGACGCCAGCGCCGCCAACUUCCUGAUCUGGCCGCCGUGCGUGGAAGUGAAGCGCUGCACGGGCUGCUGCAACACCAGCAACAUGCGCUGCCAGGCCUCGCGCAAGCAGCACCGCAUCGUCAAGGUGGCUAAGGUGGAGUAUGUGCGGAGGGUGCGGAGGCCCAAGCUGCGGGAGGUGCAGGUGAAGCUGGAGGACCACCUGGAGUGCGUGUGCACCUCGCGGCACCUCAGUGCCCACUCCGACUCAGAUGUGUGGUGAAACAGAAUGGAGGCCAUUAUUUGCUGUGGACAUGGAUGUCAAGAACUGCCACCACCAGUUUGAUUAUGACAAAGACUCUGCCGCGAUGGCUGCAUCUUACAAUAUGAACAAUGCUAUUGCACCUAAAGACUAGCGUGAUCCAUGCAUCGCUCUAACUCUGCCGCCACUGAUUGGAAAGGAUGUUGAUGGACCUGGACUAUGCAGAGAAGUUUGUGGGGACAAGAAGCGUUGGAUUGAAAGUAGACUCUUUUCAGAGGAAGCAGGAGCGGGCGCAAGUGAGGACUAUAAAGACUGUUACGAGGUUGUUCCCGAUAACGGGAUGGAGACUGAUGUGUGUUUUCUGAGAAAGUGACUGGUUGAAGAGAGGACAAAUGCUGAACAAAAAUAAUGGUCUUAAAUAAAAGCUGUCAACAUGUUGUAAUCUGA